AUGAUAGGAACUGAUUCUUAUCAUAUUGUCAUUGAAAUACCAGAAUCGCAAGAUAACCAUUCAUUAUUAGAUUAUAGAUAUUCUCCAAUCGAAGUUACGGCAAUUGAUACAUCAAGUGAGAACAGGUCCAAGAUGGUCAAAAACGACAUUGAACCCCUUAAGGCAAAGUUCUUGGGCGAUGGUAAUAUUCGCUUAUACAGGGAGUUUGAAGAAGACGAAACUUCUCUGGAAUUUUUAUCUCCCAUAUCAUCAGCUUCGCCAGAGCCAUCUUCUGAGCCGAAUGCAACAGAGGGUGAUGAUACAAUGGUUUCAAUAAUUGCCGUACCUACAUACUUUACGGCAACUGACUUAUUGGGCUUCAUUGGUGACUCGUAUAUGAAGUACAUUACGCAUUUAAGGAUUUUAAAAAGUGAAAAGCCAAAUAGGUUUCUAGUUUUGAUAAAAUUCAAUGACAUCUUAAAAACAGCCGAAUUUCAAUUGAAAUACAACGGCAAGCCUUUUAAUUCCAUGGAACCAGAAGCAUGCCAUGUUGUGUUUGUCAAGUCAGUGAGAUUUGAUGCAAGUGGUCAAAUGGAUGAUAUUUCUUCCGAGACUUCAGAGUCUUUGAUACCAUUCUUGUUGAAUGAUCCCUUCACAUCACCACCAGUAUCCCUUCCUAAUAGUCCCAAUCCCAAAUCAUCGGCUAUAUUUAAAACGCAUACCCGUGGAACUCUAAUGGAAUUGCCUACAUGUCCGGUAUGCUUAGAAAGAAUGGACUCGGCUGUUACUGGAUUGUUAACUAUACCCUGCCAACAUACUUUCCAUUGCCAAUGUCUUUCCAAAUGGAAAGAUGAUACCUGUCCCAUAUGUCGUUAUUCUAAUAAUGUAUCAAAUCAGAAAAUACGAAGGUCAAUUAGACGGCUUCUGCAAUUUAGCUCCUCUAGAUCGCAACAUACACCUUUACCGGGACCCUCAAACUCAUUCGGUGCAUCGAAUGACGGGACAUCUAAUUUUGGAAGUGAAGAACGUUGUUUCGAAUGUCAUGUUGAUUCCAAUCUUUGGAUUUGCCUUAUUUGUGGCAAUCUAGGUUGUGAUAGAUAUGCACCAGAACAACAUUCUCUUAAGCAUUUUAUUAAUACCGGUCAUUGCUUUGCGAUGGAACUUAACACAUCUAGAGUAUGGGAUUAUGCAGGUGAUAAUUACGUUCAUAGGCUCGUAGCAAACGAAUCAGAUGGAAAAUUGGUUGAAUUACCUGAAAAAGAAACAUACAACAGUAUUAAUGGUCAAUUCAGUGGCUUUGGCAACUCCAACAUUAACUUCAAAUCAAACAACACCAAUCCCAAUUUUGAUAAGGUUGAUGAGGUUGGGUUUGAAUACUCGCAGUUAUUAAUCAGUCAAUUGGCUAGUCAAAGGGAAUAUUAUGAGGCUCUUAUAAAUGAUAGAGGGGCCUCCAGGUCUCAUCGUGGAUCUUUUGCAUCAGAUACAACGUCCAACCAAAACUCUAUCAAGGAUCUAGAAGCUAAAUUUGAAGAAAUGAACGCAAAGUUUACUGAUCUUACUACAAACGUCAUACCAUCUAUGAAAAGCAAAAUUGCUAUCAAAGAUGAAAAAAUAAAUGCAUUAACAAAGGAGCUAAAUAAUUCAAAUUCUUUAAAUGAUGGUCUUUCGUCAAAAAUAGAAUAUCUAUCAGAUGAGAAUAAGCAAUUGUCAAAUCAAAAUAAAGACCUAACAGAGCAAGUAAAUGAUUUGAUGUUUUAUUUAGAAAGUCAAGAAAAAUUCAAGAAUGAGCCUGAUGAUGUUCGAGACGGAACUGUAGUCAUACAGCAAAGUCAAAGUUCUAGAAGAUCUAGACCAAAAAGUAAGAAGAAUAAAUAA